GUGAAUACGAGGUGGCUCCUUAAGUAUUUUAAUUCUUCAGUUUAAAAAGAGCUGUGACCUGCUUACUUUUGCAAAGUUGGUGCUUGUAUGAGCUUGACGAAUUUUUUAAGUAGUAAUAAAGUACAGAGGAAAUCACAACAAACAAAAAAUAAUGAGAAAACGAAAAUCUCUUCGCCCAGUGAAAACCUUUUGAACAUUUGUGAACAUCGUUCCAAGCUCUGCUUUUAUGUUCACGUAAAGAUGAAUCGGUUGGAUGGACGGGAGUAGUUCUGCAAACAUGGGGUCCCGGCUGUGCAUUUGCCUUUGUUGGAUUUAACAAAAGGGGAAACUGGAGUGAAGCAGGAGUCGGUGCUGAACGCGGGAGAGGUGGGUGUUCGCCACAGGAAAACGUAUGAGAGCUUAAAAACUAAGAAAAAAGAUUCCAAAGAGCUUGACGAUGUUACUUGUUUUUGAAACCACGUUCGUAGUUUCCUGUGACAGACGAACAAACGCACACUUACUCUCUGUAUAUUUUCUCCCUCUGUUUGUUAUAGAUGCAGUGCUAGGAUUUUUAAUUUCAAGGGUUAUAAAUACAUGUUCUUUUCCUGUAAUCACCAAUCACUCCCACAGCUGAUGAACUUUAAUUCUAGUUUAAAUAGAGCCAGUGUUCAUCGCCAGUUCUCUUCCGUGGUUUUGCUAAUCUCGAAUGGUUCAUUUUGCCUUAUUUCUUCAUUGGCUGAAUUUUCUGUGCCUGAGAACGUUUGAUUGUGGUCUUUGUUACGAAAUUCUUGGUUCACACUCUCUUUCCCUAGGAACUGUACAGACACUGCACUGCCCUUGGCCUGGAGGAUCACUGUGUAGAUGCCUGAGUUCCAGCGGGUUCUCUCCGCUGCCCUCCUGGCUCACUUUCCCUGCUUGUUGCAGGGAGAGUAGCUGAGGAAAGGGGUGCGCUGCUGGGCCACGAGGUGGGCUACUGCAUCCGCUUUGAUGACUGCACCGACCCACUGGCCACGAGAAUUAAGUGCCAUCAUGCUGGAUGAAGCCCACGAGAGGACCUUGUACACAGACAUUGCCAUUGGCUUGCUGAAAAAGAUUCAGAGAAAGCGAGGGGAUCUUCGAUUGAUUGUGGCUUCAGCCACUCUGGAUGCAGAGAAAUUCCGGGAUUUCUUUAAUCAAAAUGAGACCAGUGACCCAACGAGGGAUACGUGCGUGAUCCUUACAGUAGAAGGGCGAACAUUUCCAGUGGACAUCUUUUAUCUACAAAGUCCUGUUCCAGAUUAUAUCAAAUCAACUGUAGAGACUGUGAUGAAAAUUCACCAGACAGAGGGAGACGGAGACAUACUAGCAUUUCUUACUGGCCAGGAAGAGGUGGAAACGGUCGUGUCUAUGCUAAUCGAGCAGGCUCGGGCGCUAGGGCGAACUGGGAUGAAGAGACACCUCCGGGUCCUGCCAAUGUACGCAGGACUGCCUUCCUUUGAGCAAAUGAAAGUGUUUGAAAGGGUGUCACGCAGCGUCAGAAAGGUGAUCGUAGCCACCAAUGUGGCUGAAACCUCCAUUACAAUCAGCGGGAUUGUGUAUGUGAUCGACUGUGGCUUCGUGAAACUCCGAGCCUACAAUCCCAGGACAGCCAUCGAGUGCUUGGUGGUGGUCCCAGUGUCCCAGGCAUCAGCCAACCAGCGUGCAGGACGUGGCGGCCGCAGCCGUUCGGGAAAAUGUUACCGCCUUUAUACAGAGGAAGCCUUUGACAAGCUGCCUCAAUGCACUGUCCCUGAGAUGCAGUGUAGCAACUUGGCACCUGUCAUCCUCCAGCUGAAAGCACUAGGGAUCGACAACGUCCUCAGGUUCCACUUCAUGUCGCCCCCUCCAGCACAGUCGAUGGUUCAAGCAUUGGAGUUACUCUAUGCUCUGGGAGGUCUGGACAAAGACUGUCGCCUCACUGAACCGCUCGGCAUGAGAAUCGCAGAGUUUCCUUUGAAUCCCAUGUUUGCAAAAAUGCUGCUGGAAUCAGGAAAUUUUGGCUGUUCUCAGGAAAUUCUAAGCAUUGCAGCCAUGAUGCAAAUCCAGAAUAUCUUUGUGGUCCCCUCAAACCAGAAGUCUCAGGCAAUGCGAGUGCACCGAAAAUUUGCUGUGGAGGAGGGUGAUCAUCUCACUAUGCUCAACGUGUAUGAAGCGUUUAUCAAACACAAUAAAAACUCUCAGUGGUGCCAGGAGCAUUUCCUGAAUUACAAGGGUCUUGUCAGAGCUGCGACAGUGCGCGAGCAGUUGAAGAAGCUUCUUGUCAAGUUUCAAGUGCCCAAGAAAUCUAGCGAAGGUGAUCCGGAUCCCGUCCUGAGGUGCCUUGUUUCGGGAUUCUUUGCCAAUGCAGCAAGGUUUCAUUCCACCGGAGCUUAUAGGACUAUCCGUGACGACCAUGAAUUACAUAUCCACCCUGCCUCGGUCCUCUACGCAGAGAAGCCGCCUCGCUGGGUCAUCUACAAUGAAGUCAUACAGACCUCCAAGUACUACAUGAGGGACGUGACCGCCAUUGAGUCUGCUUGGCUGUUGGAGCUGGCUCCGCACUUCUAUCAACAAGGAACGAAAUUAUAUCACACUUUGGACCAUGUUCACAAGGAGUGGCACAAAUAUUCUCUGGUGAAGAUUGCCUCACAAAGAACACAAACAGCACCUGUCCCUCAAAGCCAAAAGGGCCAAGGUCCAGGACCAGUGAGCAGAGCUCAGCCGCAGGGUCCUCGGUGCCCUCUCCUCCACACUGUGGUCCCCCAGCCCUGGGUAGUGAGCAGGCCCCGGCUCACAUGGAAUCUUCCGCUGUCCUGCAGUGGGCCGCAGCCCGUCCGUUAGCCCCUUCCUUCCCGCUGCCCUCCACGUUCGCGUUCCUUGCUGGGAUCCCGGGGGAGUCUGUGCAUGAGCAGGCAUCCCGCUGUGCCACACCCAGGCCGAGUGGGGGUGGGAGGGCCGUGCUCUCUGCUCACUCAGCACCCUCACUGACCCAGCAUGUCAUUUCCAGCAGGCACAGAGUUCUGGCCCAGCUUCCUGGGGAACCAGGAGGAAAGCUAGCCACCACAGGCAGAAGUGCUGUGCAGGGUGGAUGAGGGUUGCUGGGCUGGCUUCGCUUUCCCUGGCGGGGCCACGGCUGUGCUGACCAACGAAGUCCGCUGCCAGGUGUGACAAGCAUGCGUCUAUGAAGGGAGGAGACCGCACUGCAGUUUCUGCUGGAGUCACUGAGGCGCGUGUCUGGAAGGCACAGGGGCUCCCCAGGUGAGCAGCUUCUGUUCUCCCUCUGUGCCGUGUCCCUGUCUUUAUGCGGCAGGAGAUGCGCAAGGCUUGGUGAUCGGCAGGCGGGACUCGUGCACACUGUCCUUUGUUAGCAGAGAAGAUUUCUCUCUCUCACAAGUGGGCUUAGCUUUCUGUCUGCGUACGACACCACGUCCUGAUGCCAUCAGCUGAGCACCGGUGAGCUCGUCAGCUCAAACCCCGUCGGGAACCCUCUGUCGCAGAAAUUCACAACCGUUUAGAGGCUCUAAGCUUCUGUAGCUCAGGAAUACAACUUGUAUAUUUGGUUUUUGUUUGCUUGGGUUCUGUGAGAACACCGGGGCAGUCCCUCCAGCAGGCCCUGGUCUCGGUGCUGCCCCGGGGCUUCUUUGCCGUGAUGACGUUUGCGUUUCAGCACAUGCCGAUGCAGGUGUUUUUCCCCUUACUGUUUCAAUGACCUUUAUUUUAAAAACAUGUAGCUUGAAAAUUUAUUUUUGUACCGAUCUUAGUUUGGAUGUGCCACUUUUGGCACCAAAUAUGUAUGUCAUUUUUAUUUCCAUUUUGUAAACAUGUAAAUAAUAGUGAUAACUUGUUAAUAACAGUAAACCUUUCUACCUGAAGUAAACAUGUUCCCUCCCGCC